CGACAAGCAGCCCGCCAGCCGGCCCAGCAGCAGCAGCAGCAGCAAUCUGGGAAGACAGACAUCCUCUUGUCCCGUCGCUUUGUAUUGCACACCCCCCCCCUUCGCGUCUCAUCUGCUUCUGGACAUCCGCCUCACCCACACACCCUGGCGCCACCGUGUUUGUGGUAGCAGUGUGGCUGCGGCCCGCUCAAUUUUGGGUGCCAAACCGCCAAGCCCCUUGCUUGACCACCAGCUUGCGUGUCCGAGCCAGUCGCCCGCCGGCCAGCGACGCGGUUGCCAAAAAGGAAGAUCCCGAGCAUCCCUGGCCCCGUGUCUGUUUCCCCGACUUCUGGGGCUCAGCACACCCGUGCUCCCUGCCUCCGUGCUCCCUUUCAACUUCGUGAGAGCUCCUCCGGGCUGCUGUGUCUGUCUGCCCCGAGACCAGCGUGACUAGACCACACAGCUGCAAGGAACCACCAUCCUCGGGUCGCCAUCCACAGGUCACCCCUAAAUCCCGUGUCCACAGCCGGCGCGCGUGUGCUGGCGUGCCACCCCCGUCCGUCCAACCAUCCCUUCCAUCCCAGCCAGCCCAGCCAUUGGCUAGUUGCAUAUCUGGUCUUCCCCCCACACCCAGCGGAACAGCCGCACUUCCCUGCUGAGCCUGCCCAGCGGCGCCGAGCUCUGAGCAUUCCUUGAUUCCAUCUGCGCGCGCGCAACACCUGCCGGCACGCACCGCGCCACCUCCGUUGUGGCCGCACCCGGCCCCCCUUGUUCUCUUUGUUUCCUCUCCUCGGCCCUCCCGCCCCUUGCCGUUCGCUUGAGGAGGCGCCCCGUCAGUCAUGUACCAGACGCCCUAUGGCUUCUCCAACAACGGCCCGGGUCCUGCGGCCUUCAAUGGUGCCCCACCGCAGCAGAACCUUCACCUACAGCAGCAGCCUGGCCCUACCCCGGGCCAGCAACCACCGUCGCAACAACAUCAACACCACCCACAGCAGCCGCAGCAACAACAGCAGCACAUGAUGUACAACCAGCAGCAGCAGUACGCAAUGGCCGCCGCCUCCCAGGGCCACUUCCCCGGCGGGCCCGGCAUGAUGCCCACUGCUGGUCCUGGCGGCAUGAUGCAGAAUCCCGCCAUGCCGCCGCACAUGGCGGCCGCUGCCGUCAAUGGACAGAUGGCAUAUCAGACGCCCUACACCAGCUCCGCCUACGGCGCUGCGAUCCCCUCACCCGCCGGCCCACAAGCACAGAUGACGGCCAACUAUGGCCAGAUGCCCGGUACGAUGCCAGGAUACGGCAUGAGCCCGCAAGCCAUGUCGCCGCAGCAGCAACAACAGAUGAUGCCACGAAUGCACCCGGGACAACAACAGCAGCAGCAACGACAACAACAUGGUCAUGCUAUGGCACAUGGGGCUCCCCAGAGACAAUUCAGUCCGCCACAAAUGCAGACGCAGGCACAAGCCCAGGCACAGGCGCAAGCCCAGGCUCAGGCGCAAGCCCAGGCGCAAGCGCAAGCCCAGGCGCAAGCACAAGCUCAGGCUCAGGCUCAGGCGCAAGCACAGGCCCAGACACAGGCUCAGGCCCAGACCCAGGCCCAAGCCCAAGGUCAGGGUCAACAUAACGCCGCGAUGCAGCCUCAUCCCAGUCAGCUCCAACACCAACACCAACAGACUGCCCAGGGAAUCGCCCAAAACCAACACCCGAGCAAUACGCACCAGGCCAAUGCCAACCCCACAGUGACGACGCCGCAGACCCCGACGUUCCCACACAUGAGCCACGGUCUAAAUGCCCCAGACGGAGCGGCUGCGCGGACACCUCUUAGCCCCAAAAGCCAAGCGCGAGAGUCGGAAAGGUUCAGCUUGCUGCUUGAGAUCAACACCGAGCUUAUGUACGAGGCGCUCGUGCUCCAAAACACAAUUUUGGAGCAUAAAAAGGAGAAGGAUGUCAUAAGCGGGGCCACUGGGGAGACUAUGGAAAGAGAGCUAACGCCGGAGGAAAAACCGUUGCACUACGACUACUCCCAGGUCGACAUGCGGCUGCGGAAUAACCUAGCUUAUCUGAUGAGUCUGGCUCAAGAUAACAACAAGAAUCAUUACCCCUGCCCGGCGUUUCUGACCGCGCCAUCAAUCAACUCUUCGAUAAAACUACGGAACGUGCCGAUGCAGAAGCCCACAGAUGGGGAUCCACACACCGAAAGAGAGGAGAGAUACAAGACGCUGAAGACGCUCUACACUCGACUGCAGCCACUGUACCCAGGUGUCGACCACACAAAGGAACCGAUCUACCCGAUAAAAAAGGAAUCCCAAGCCCAGCGGCCAGGCCCGGGCCAAGCUCAGCCACAUGGCCAAGCGCAAUUUCAGGGCCAUGGCCACGCCGGCCAGAUGGGAAUGGGGGUGGCAGGACACGGCGCGCAAAUGGGCCAUGCCCAAAACAUGCAAAACCAACAGCGCACACCGCAGAGAGGCUCGAACCAGGCGAGCCCGACGCCGGCUCCCCAUAGCACACCCCCCAUCACAAACCUGGCAAACCCGGCACAGCAGGCGCCGCCCCAGAUGGCGUGAGGCGGGCAGGCGACCCUCAAAAAACUAUGUACUAUCACUCACUCAUCCACGUUUCCAUAUGGCCAUCCAAAAGUUGCUUUCCAUGAUUUGAGCGUCUAGGAUGGCGGUCGUUUCUGCCGGUUCGUGGUUGGACCAGUAGGGUUAUUUAACCGAGGGAGGGGCGCCCCCUGCCCAGUUUAUACGCAAUGGGGUGGCAGUUAUCAUGAAGUUGCAGGAGGUAUCUCUUUAUUCUUGGAUACUUUGUCAACCGCUAUUUUGUUAGGCGCAUGCCGACCUGUUUCGUGUGAAUAGGCAUCCUUUGUUUCUUGCCUAUUUGAUCACAUCCCGAGCAGGCGUUUUGGUACCAGAAGGGUUUGUGUUAUGAGCGUAGAAAGUUGGCUUUAAUUUUAGUCGGUGGUUAUGACACCCAGAUAUUGUAACGGCAUACCGUGACACAACUCUGAUCGGACUCAGAGACCCGUUUGGCCGAGAGAAGCACUCGGGGACGGCGACCAUAGCCUAGUUAGCCGUCACAUUCCGG